UUGACUUUUAUUCUUACCACACACCACACAUAUCACUCUUUCUUCCUCACCCACUGCUACAGCCGCCGGAAUUCUCAGACAGCCUCCACCUCCGCCUCUUCCCCCAACCCCACCUCAAACACCAUUUCUCACCCCUUCAUUAUUCAGAUUUAUCUAUACUAAGAGAGACAGACAAACUGUUUCUCCCAAUUACUUCACUUCAUUAUAAAUUAAUAAUCAAUAAAUUAUAUAAAUUCACUUCCAAAUAAAAUGUUAAUCACCGUCAACAUCAUCAUCGUUGUUGUCGUCUCUCCGGCGAAAUACAUCCUCGCCUUGGAAGAAGAGCGCCGUAAGAUUUAAGUUUUUCGCCGCAAACUCCCUCUAUGUAGCUACCUCGUCACUUAAGCAAUUGAGUCAUUCAUGAAGCAGAUCUCUGCGAAGAUGCCGGAGUACAAUAAUAUGAAUAGAGUCCAAUCGAAGGAAUUCGUCGACCAGACAUCCAGUGACGGGUCGGUGUCCGAGGAAUUCAUUCCGAUUAAGAGAUCGACUUCGGCGGCGACGAUGAUACUAAUUUUAGAAAUAAAUACGGGGACGGCGAUUGGAAUGACAAUGAAAUUUCGAAGAAAUUCUACUGGUGUUGAUAUGUCCAGCUCUGGAAUCAGACAUCAUCCCGCCUCCAAAAGGGGUUCGCUGAGGAAAAAUAGUAUUCAAACAAACCAAUUCGAUUGCAUUUUGUACAAUCUCCAAAUUCUUAUCAUAUACGGGAAGAAACGCGAUCCAGGAGAGAAGCAAGAGGGAUGAGAGAAGUAGAGGGUGAAGAAGAUGAAAGUGAGGAGUUGCAGUCGCAGAUUGGUAGAUCUAUCUACCUCUGCAUUUCGCGAAUUUUCUCAAUUCUGAUCUCACCGCACCGGAUUUUGAUCGAUUGAUUGAUUCCAUUUUGAUGAGGAGAUGGGUCGGCUUUCUUUGAUCAUCUACAUCACCGUCGCCGUCCUGUUGCUCCUCCUCAUCUCCCGCUCCUCCGACAACCACAAGUCCCACGCCGCCCGCCACCGCCACCGCCGCCUCAAAAUCCGCUCCAAUUUCACCUUCGUUCCCGACCCCCACCACGCGCACGACCGCGCCGCCUUCGACCCUCUCGUCGCCGGCAUCGAGCGUAAGCGAGAGGACAGGGAAUGGGAGCACCACCACUACUCCCAGAAGCACCACCACUCCGAUGUCAAGUCCGAGCCGCAGUCGCACGAGCCGGAAUGGGAGGAUUUCAUGGACGCCGAGGAUUACCUCAACGACGAGGACAAGUUCAACGUCACAGACAGGCUGUUGCUUCUCUUCCCAAAAAUCGACGUCGACCCGCCCGAUGGCUUUGUUACUGAGUCCGAGUUGACUCAGUGGAACCUGCAGCAGAGCCAGCGGGAGGUCCUGCAUCGGACGGAGAGGGAAAUGGAGAUUCACGAUAAGAACAAGGAUGGCUUCGUCACUUUCGCCGAGUACGAGCCCCCAAGCUGGGCCAAGGAUUCAGAUAAUACUACAUUUGGAUAUCAGAUGGGGUGGUGGAUGGAGGGGCACUUUAAUGCUUCCGAUGCAGAUGAAGAUGGCCGAUUAAAUAUCACAGAGUUUAACGAUUUUCUGCAUCCGGCUGACAGCAACAAUCCGAAGCUGAUCCAUUGGUUGUGCAAGGAAGAAAUAAGGGAAAGAGAUACCGACAAAGAUGGCAAGAUGAACUUCGAAGAGUUUUUUCAUGGGAUCUUCGACUUGGUUCGAAAUUAUGACGAAGAAGGCAACCAUGCUUCACACGAGUCUGACGAUGAUGCGCACAAGGCCCCAGCCAGAAAGUUGUUUGCGGAACUUGACAAAGACGGCGACGGAUACUUGUCUGACCUAGAAUUGCUACCCGUCAUCGGAAAAAUUCAUCCAUCCGAACGAUAUUACGCGAAACAGCAAACGGAGUACAUUAUACAACAGGCCGAUACAGACAAGGAUGGCCGUCUGACACUAACGGAGAUGAUCGACAAUCCAUAUGUUUUCUACAGUGCCGUGUUCAAUGAAGAUGAAGACGACGACUAUGGUUACCACGACGAAUUUCGCUAGAUGGCAAGCAAAACUUGCAACCCGUAGUCGGCUAAAACACAUUCGGUGACUCCAUCAUGUCUCCGAAACAGUUCCUCAAAAUUUUUUCGUGUACACCGAGGGAGAUGCAAGGAAAAUGGGGUGUUAUGGUGAUGGACAGCUUUUGUUCUUCAUGUCCGAGCACCAAAGACAAGUAUAGAUCAAAUUUAUUUUGCCUAAUCUUCAGCUACACAUUUGAUAACUAUUUUGUAUGCUUCAGAUUGUUUUUAGGACAUAAUUUAGAUCAUCAAUUGUGAUUUA